AUGAAAGUAACUCUUUCAUCAGAUGGUGAGAUGAAAGUACCUCUUUCAUCAGAUGGUGAGAUGAAAGUACCUCUGUCAUCAGAUGGUGAGAUGAAAGUACCUCUGUCAUCACGUGCCUGGUGUCCUCCGAUCCGCAGUGAGUUUCCCUGUCAUCGCCACGGGCUCAUUUUCCUCAUGUACUUGCCCCCCUUCCCCCUCCUCCCUCUGCUGGUCGGGGCCAAGGCUUUUGACCUUGACCUGGUGGGCCUGGUGUCCCCUCAAGGCCCCAUUCUCCCGCUUUCCAUCACCCCGCCCCAUUCUCCCGCUUUCCAUCACCGCGCCCCAUUCUCCCGCUUUCUAUCACCCCGCUCCAUUCUCCCGCUUUCCAUCAACCCGCCCCAUUCUCCCGCUUUCUAUCACCCCGCCCCAUUUCUCCCUCUUUCCUUCACCCCGCCCCAUUCUCCCGCUUCCCAUCACCCCGUCCCAUUCUCCCUCUUCCCAUCACCCCGCCCCAUUCUCCCGCUUUCGAUCACCCCACCCCAUUCUCCCGCUUUUUGUCACCCCGCCCCAUUCUCCCGCUUUCCUUCACCCCGCCCCAUUCCCUGGCUUCCCAUCACCCUGCCCCAUUCUCCCUCUUCCCAUCACCCCGCCCCAUUCUCCCGCUUUCCAUCACCCCGCCCCAUUCUCCCGCUUUCCAUCACCGCGCCCCAUUCUCCCCCAUCACCCCACCCCAUUCUCCUGCUUUCCAUCACCCCGCCCCAUUCUACCUCUUUCCAUCACCCUGCCCCAUUCUCCCGCUUUCCAUCACCCUGCCCCAUUCUCCCGCUUUCCAUCACCCCGCCCCAUUCUCCCUCUUUCCAUCAUCCCGGCCCAUUCUCUCGCUUUCCAUCACCCCGCCCCAUUCUCCCUCUUUUCAACACCCCGCCUUAUUCUCCCUCUUUCCAUCACCCCGCCCCAUUCACCCGCUUUCCAUCACCCCGCCCCAUUCUCCCGCUUUCUAUCACCCCGCUCCAUUCUCCCGCUUUCCAUCACCUCGCCCCAUUCUCCCGCUUUCCAUUACCCCGCCCUAUUCUCCCGCUUUCCAUCAACCCGCCCAUUCUCCUGCUUUCCAUCACCCCGCCCCAUUCUCCCGCUUUCCAUCACCCCGCCCCAUUCUCCCGCUUUCCAUCACCCCGCCCCAUUCUCCCUCUUUCCAUCACCCCGCCCCAUUCUCCCUCUUUCCUUCUCCCCGCCCCAUUCUCCCGCUUCCCAUCACCCCGCCCCGUUCUCCCUCUUCCCAUCACCCCGCCCCAUUCUCCUGCUUUCGAUCACCCCGCCCAAUUCUCCCGCUUUCCAUCACCCCGCCCUAUUCUCCCACUUUCCUUCACCCCGCCCCAUUCCCCCGCUUCCCAUCACCCCGGCCCAUUCGCCCUCUUCCCAUCACCCAGCCUCAUUUUCCCGCUUUCCAUCACCCCGCCCCAUUCUCCUGCUUUCCAUCACCCCGCCCCAUUCUCCCUCUUUCCAUCACCCCACCUCAUUCUCCUGCUUUCCAUCACCCCACCCCAUUCUCCCUCUUUCCAUCACCCCGCCCCAUUCUCCCGCUUUCCAUCACCCCGCCCAGUUCUCCCGCUUUCCAUCUCCCCGCCCCAUUCUCCCGCUUUCCAUCACCCCGCCCAAUUCUCCCGCUUUCCAUCACCCCACCCCAUUCUCCCGCUUUCCAUCACCCCGCCCCAUUCUCCCGCUUUCCAUCACCCCGCCCCAUUCUCCCACUUUCCAUCACCCCGCCCCAUUCUCCUGCUUUCCAUCACCCCGCCCCAUUCUCCCUCUUUCCAUCACCCCACCCCAUUCUCCUACUUUCCAUCACCCCGCCCCAUUCUCCCUCUUUCCAUCACCCGCCCCAUUCUCCCGCUUUCCAUCACCCCGCCCCAUUCCCCCGCUUUCCAUCACCCCGCUCCAUUCUCCCGCUUUCCAUCCCCGCCCCAUUCUUCCUCUUUCCAUCACCCCGCCCCAUUCUCCCGCUUUCCAUCACCCCGCCCCAUUCUCCCGCUUUCCAUCACCCCGUCCCAUUCUCCCGCUUUCCAUCACCCCGCCCCAUUCUCCCGCUUUCCGUCACCCCGCCCCAUUCUCCCGCUUUCCAUCACCCCGCCCCAUUCUCCCACUUUCCAUCACCCCGCCCCAUUCUCCCGCUUUCCAUCACCCCGCCCCAUUCUCCCGCUCUCCAUCACCCCGCCCCAUUCUCCCGCUCUCCAUCACCUUGCCCCAUUCUCCCGCUUUCCAUCAUCCCGCCCCAUUCUCCCGCUUUCCAUCAUCCCGCCCCAUUCUCCCUCCUCCCAUCACGUCGCCCCAUUCUCCCGCUUUCCAUCACCCCGCCUCAUUCUCCUGCUUUCCAUCACCCCGCCCCAUUCUCUCGCUUUCCAUCACCCCGCCCCAUUCUCCCGCUUUCCAUCACCCUGCCCCAUUCUCCCGCUUUCCAUCACCCCACCCCAUUCUCCCGCUUUCCAUCACCCCGCCCCAUUCUCCCGCUUUCCAUCACCCCGCCCCAUUCUCUCGCUUUCCAUCACCCGCCCCAUUCUCCCACUUUCCAUCACCCCGACCCAUUCUCCCUCCUUCCAUCACCACGCCCCAUUCUCCCGCUUUCCAUCGCCCCACCCCAUUCUCCCACUUUGCAUCACCCCGCCCCAUUCUCCCGCUUUCCAUCACCCCGACCCAUUCUCCCGCUUUCCAUCACCCUGCCUCAUUCUCCCGCUUUCCAUCACCCCGCCCCAUUCUCCCGCUUUCCAUCACCCCGCCCCAUUCUCCCGCUUCCCAUCACCCCGCCCCAUUCUCCCGCUUUCCAUCACCCUGCCCCAUUCUCCCUCCUUCAAUCACCCCGCCCCAUUCUCCCUCCUUCCAUCACCCCGCCCCAUUCUCCCGCUUUCCAUCACCCCGCCCCAUUCUCCCGCUUCCCAUAACCCCACCCCAUUCUCCCGCUUUCCAUCACCCCGCCACAUUCUCCCGCUUUCUAUCACCCCGCCCCAUUCUCCCUCCUUCCAUCACCCCGCCCCAUUCUCCCGCUUUCCAUCACCCCGCCCCAUUCUCCCGCUUUCCAUCACCCCGCCACAUUCUCCCACUUUCCAUCACCCCGCCCCCUUCUCUCUCCUUCCAUCACCCCGCCCCAUUCUCCCUCCUUCCAUCACCCCGCCCCAUUCUCCCGCUUUUCAUCAGCCCGCCCCAUUCUCCCGCUUUCCAUCACCCCGCCCCAUUCUCCCGCUUUCCAUCUCCCCGCCCCAUUCUCCCGCUUUCCAUCACCCCGCCCCAUUCUCCCGCUUUCCAUCACCCCGCCCCAUUCUUCCGCUUCCCAUCAUCCCGCCCCAUUCCCCCGCUUUCCAUCACCCCUUCCCAUUCUCCCUCCUUCCAUCACCCCGCCCCAUUCUCUUGAUUUCCAUCACCCCGCCCCAUUCUCCCGCUUUCCAUCACCCCGCCCCAUUCUCCCGCUUUCCAUCACCCCGCCCCAUUCUCCCGCCUUCCAUCACCCCGCCCCAUUCUCCCUCCUUCCAUCACUCCGCCCCAUUCUCCCGCUUUCCAUCAGCCCGCCCCAUUCUCCCGCUUUCCAUCACCCCGCCCCUUUCUCCCGCUUUCCAUCUCUCGCCCCAUUCUCCCGCUUUCCAUCACCCCGCCCCAAUCUUCCGCUUCCCAUCAUCCCGCCCCAUUCCCCCGCUUUCCAUCACCCCUCCCCAUUCUCCCUCCUUCCAUCACCCCGCCCCAUUCUCCCACUUUCCAUCACCUCGCCCCAUUCUCCCGCUUUCCAUCACCCCGCCCCAUUCUCCCGCUUUCCAUCACCCCGCCCCAUUCUCCCGCUUUCCAUCACCCCGCCCCAUUCACCCGCUUUCCAUCACCCGCCCCAUUCUCCCGCUUUCCAUCACCCCGCCCCAUUCUCCCGCUUUCCAUCACCCCGCCCCAUUCUCCCGCUUUUCAUCACCCCGCCCCAUUCUCCCGCUUUCCAACACCCCAGCCCAUUCUCUCGCUUUCCAUCACCCCGCCCCCUUCUUCCUCCUUCCAUCACCCGCCCCAUUCUCCCGCUUUCCAUCACCCCGCCCCAUUCUUCCGCUUCCCAUCAUCCCGCCCCAUUCCCCCGCUUUCCAUCACCCCUCCCCAUUCUCCCUCCUUCCAUCACCCCGCCCCAUUCUCCCACUUUCCAUCACCCGCCCCAUUCUCCCGCUUUCCAUCACCCUGCCCCAUUCACCCGCUUUCCAUCACCCGCCCCAUUCUCCCGCUUUCCAUCACCCCGCCCCAUUCUCCCGCUUUCCAUCACCCCGCCCCAUUCUCCCACUUUUCAUCACCCCGCCCCAUUCUCCCGCUUUCCAACACCCCAGCCCAUUCUCUCGCUUUCCAUCACCCCGCCCCCUUCUUCCUCCUUCCAUCACCCCGCCCCAUUCUCCCUCCUUCCUUCACCCCGCCCCAUUCUCCCGCUUUCCAUCACCCCGCCCCAUUCUCCCGCUUUCCAUCACCCCGCCCCAUUCUCCCGCUUUUCCAUCACCCCGCCCCAUUCUCCCUCCUUCCAUCACCCCGCCCCAUUCUCCCGCUUUCCAUCACCCCGCCCCAUUCUCCAGCUUUCCAUCACCCCUCCCCAUUCUCCCUCCUUCCAUCACCCCGCCCCAUUCUCCCACUUUCCAUCACCUCGCCCCAUUCUUCCGCUUUCCAUCACCCCGCCCCAUUCUCCCGCUUCCCAUCAUCGCGCCCCAUUCUCCCGCUUUCCAUCACCCCGCCCCAUUCUCCCUCCUUCCAUCACCCCGCCCCAUUCUCCCGCUUUCCAUCACCCCGCCCCAUUCUCCCGCUUUCCAUCACCCUGCCCCCUUCUCCCUCCUUCCAUCACCCCGCGCCAUUCUCCCUCCUUCCAUCACCCCGCCCCAUUCUCCUGCUUUCCGUCAGCCCGCCCCAUUCUCCCGCUUUCCAUCACCCCGUCCCUUUCUCCCGCUUUCCAUCUCCCUGCCCCAUUCUCCCGCUUUCCAUCACCCCGCCCCAUUCUCCCGCUUUCCAUCACCCCGCACCAUUCUCCAGCUUCCCAUCAUCCCGCCUCAUUCCCCCGCUUUCCAUCAGCCCUCCCCAUUCUCCCUCCUUCCAUCACCCCGCCCCAUUCUCCCGCUUUCCAUCACCCCGCCCCAUUCUCCCUCCUUCCAUCACCCCGCCCCAUUCUCCCGCCUUCCAUCACCCCGCCCCAUUCUCCCUCCUUCCAUCACCCCUGAGAAGAUAACUACUACAACGGGAGCUUAG